AUGGGCUGUGUACUCAUUCUCAUCGCGUACCUGCUGGAUGUUGUUGUCGCACAUGGAGGAACAUCAAACUACACCGUCAACGGUAUUGACUAUGCCGGUUACGACCCAAGCAUUCCACCAUCCGAGCAAGAUGGCCAACCCUGGCUCGUCCAACGCAAAUGGAUAACGAUCGAUCCUAUCUUCGAAACCACUAACACUUCCCUCGCCUGCAACUUCCCCGGCACCCCCGCCGUCUCCUUCAUCCCAAUCCUUCCCGGCGACAACAUCACCGCCGUCUACAACUACUGGCUACACACCGUCGGACCCAUGACCGUCAUGAUGGCCGACUGCGGCGCCUCAUGCGAAACCUUUAACCCUAAUGAAGGGAAAUGGUUCAAGAUUGCAGAACGAGGACUUCUGAGUGGGACUGUGAGAGAGGGAAUGUGGGGACAGAGGGAUUUCCAGCAUUGGGAUGGGAUGCCGGAUUUGUGGACGGAGAUGAUUCCGAGAGGGUUGAGGAGGGGAAAUUAUUUGAUCAGACAUGAGAUUAUUGCGUUGCAUAUUGCGCAUAAGCCGCAGUUCUAUCCGCAGUGUGCGCAUCUUGUUGUUGGCGGUGGGGGUGAGGAGGUACCUGGUGAGGAGUACUUGACGAGGAUCCCAGGGGUUUGGGAUAUGAGUCAGCCGGAGAUCAAUCUUGAUAUUUAUACGGAUGAUAUUGGGGAUGCAACCAUUUACAAAAUCCCCGGUCCACCGGUUUGGACCGGACAAGCUGCUGCUGGUAUUAACAGGCUCUCCUACGGAUUCAAAGGGCCCAAGUAG